AUGUCAUCACAGUCAAACAAGAACAACAACAGCAAACAAGAUCAAAAUGACUCUCUAAACAACACUUCUUCACCAGUAAGAAGCGUAUCAAAUAGCAGCGGAAACUAUGGUCCUCAACAUCCUCAACAAAUGAACGGAGUAAUCAUCCCAUCGACAAAAGAACUCAAUUCUACAUUCUUCUGGAUUGAAGUUUUAAGUUUUGAAGUUAAACAACAACAAAAAGAUAUUAAUAAUAAUAAGGAUAAUAAAGAUAGUUUGAUAAAUUAUAAACAAUCUACUAAUAUUCAAGUUAAUAAUAAUAGAUAUAACAAUAACAAUCAAUACCAUCAUCCACAUAACCAGUAUCAACAACAACAACAGCAACAGGGUUAUCAACAGAGACCACAGAUUCCUUCACCUCAACAACAACAACCACCACAACAACAACAGGUAAAUCCAGGUCUCUUACAUCAACAACAACAGAUUCCACCACAACAACAACAAUAUCAACACAAGGGUCCAAAGGGAGGACAACAACAACAACAACAACAGCAACAACAACAACAACAGAUCCCUCAACAGAUUCCUUCACCAGUCCAGAAUACACAACAACAACCAGUCCCACAGCAGAACUUGUCCCAGCAGUCGCCUUCAUCGCCAAACCAACCACUCCAACACAGUAAGAAACAGUCACAUCACCCUCAACAACAACAACAACAACAGCAGCAACAACAACAACAACAACAACAUCCACACAUAUCUUCACCUCAUCAACAGAGACCGCCAAUAUAUGUGCCACAAAACGCAAGCGGUCCACAAAUAGCAUCUCCUAACCCUCCACAUUUCCCCAUUACACAUACAGACACUUCUAUCUUACCAGGUAACAGCGUCCCACCAAGAACUCACUCUGCUCCACCCACUUUGAAUCAAGAGAAUGUACCAGGUCCAAAGUAUAUGCCCGUGAAAUCUGGUAUGGUUGGUCCAUACGGUGCACCACCACCUCAAUAUCAACAUCCCCCACACAGAAGAUAUGAACAAGUAUACCAACCACAACAAGUUCCAUACUAUCAACCACCAUACUUUCCACAGUAUGUUCCAGAGUUCUAUCAUACUCCACAACCACCAAUGGUUACCUCUCAGCCAAAGAAGGUGUUGCAGAUUGUAGAUCCAAACACUCAGACUACCAUCAAUACUUCGCCACCAAAGUCACACACCCCACCUUCGUCCGCUCCAGUCACACCGGUCACUACUCCAACUGUCUCUACUCCAACGACAACAACACCUACAUCAGCGGCAGCAGCAGCAGCAUCGUCAACAACAACCACUACUGCUCCUGUGAGCAGCAGCAGCAACAACAAUGCUCCAGCACCAGUUGUUUCGACUCCACCUGCUUUCAGUGCCGGUAACGCUCAUGCAAGAAAGAGAGACAAGAAGCAGGCAGCAGCACAAGCAGCAGCACAGGCAACAGCACAACAAACAGAGCAAUCCACAACCUCUGCCUCUGGUUCGUCCACACCUUCCGCUCCGGCUGCCGCCGCUACUCCCACCACUGGUGCCACCACCGACGACAAAGCAACACCCGCCUCUGAAUCAACGGUAUCUGCUUCACCAAGCAAAUCCGUAGAGGACAAAUCAACAGCUGACAAGACUGCCGAACAACAGCAGCAAAUUGCCACACCAGCUGCCGUCGAACAGCACAAAGACGACGACACCAAGUCCGAUGUCAAAGCUUCAGAGUCACACAGUUUGUCAACAGGACUCGAGAAUCUUUCGCUCAAGGAAAGCAACAGUGAGGAGAAUCCAACCACACCAAGAAAACAACAGCAAGCCGAAGAAAAGGAGGAAGGCGAAUUGUCUCCAGCCAAGAAUGCCGCUGACCAGCAGCAGUCGACUAACUCUCCAGCACCAGUAGAAGAGGAAGAAGAAUGGGAAAAGAAAGUCAACGAUAUACCAGCACCAACAUCUUCAUCGUCGUCGUACAACUUGAGUAGCAGCAACAACGCAUUGCAUCAAUCGAUUCUCUCAUCGAGUGGAACCAAUCCAUUUGCUGCGAAACCAUCGGGUGUCAUUCGUUACUCGAACGACGAGAUGAUCAAGUAUCGUCCAUCACACAUCGAACCACGUCCAGAACUCAAGGAUUUGGGUGUAGAUUCAUCAAAGUCGCAUCAAGGUGGCGCUGGUGGUCAACAAGGUCAACAGGGUCAACAGAACAAGAUGAAGGGACCCGGCGGAUUCUUCCAACAGCCACAGAACAAGAUGAUGGCAAAGAAUCAACCGAUGUACGCGCAAAAGAAUAUGGGUGGAUAUCCACAGCAACAGCAACCGCAGUUCAACAAGUACCAGAACUACCACCAACAGAUGCAACAACAGAUUCAACCACAGGCACCGCCACAGAACAUCUUGCCGGUCAGCGAGAAUCGUUGGCAACGUACCAAACUCGACAGUCUCUCCGACACACAGAUCCAUCUCAGAAAAGCCAAGUUCAUUCUCAACAGAAUGGCACCGGAGAAGUUUGACCAGCUCUCUCUCAACCUCUUGGAGCUCGGCAUCAUCAAGAACACCGAGGUUUUCAUUGGUGUCAUCUCUAUGAUCUUUGAGAAGGCUAUCACCGAAGCCAAGUACGUCACUAUGUAUACCGAUCUCUGCAAGAAGAUCUUUACUUUCGAGCGUGAAGAGAAGGAGCGUGAGAAGAAGGAGCAAUAUCCAGAUCCAGCUUCACUCACCAAGGAGAUCGAAGACCAGUUCAAGCCGAAAUUCAGAGCACUUCUACUCCAGACCUGUCAGGAGGAAUACGAAAAGGUUCAAAAGAGUUUUGAAACGAUUCACGAAGUUCCCGAGGAUCUCCCGGCAGCCGAGAAGGCCGACUUUGAGGAGAAGCAGUUUGUGCAGCGUAAGAAGGUGUUUGGUCUCAUCAAGUUCAUCGCAGAGUUGUUCAAGCAAGAUAUGCUCAGUGAGAAGAUUAUCCACGGUAUUUUGGUCGCGCUCAUGGGUGAGCUCAACAAGCCACAGGAGAUCAAGUUGGAGUGCUUCUGCAAGCUGAUGGCGCCAAUCGGUUACAAGAUCGUCUCAAAGACUGGCGCAGAGGAAUACAUGAAAGCCUACUCACUGCGUAUGGAGCUGCUCAUCUCUACAUCCAACCUUUCACAACGUAUUAAAUUCUUGAUACAGAACGUCCUUGAUCUAAAGAAUAACGGUUGGAAAGAGAAGGAGACCGAAGCACCAAAGCCAAAGGAGGAGAAGGCCGCCGAAGAAGACAGAAAGACCAGUCUCGGUGUCAAGAACGUCACUGGCAAGAACAUGUUCACCAUGCCAUCGAACUUCUCCAAGGGAUUCCCAGGCAAGCCAGGUGCAACAUCGAUGAUGAUGAAGCCCAAGCCAGGCAUCCAAGGUGGAAUGAUGGGUGGUCCAAUGGGAGGUGCCACCGGUCCAAACAAAUUCGGUAUCAACCAACCAUCGACCAUUGCCAAGUCGCCAAUCAACUCGCCAUCGCCAAUGCACUACGGAUCACAAGGAGCGUCGCCAUCGAUCUCCUCUUCAAUGUCCAACAACAAACAAGACAAAUCUGGCUGGACCGAUUCCAUCAGCCAAUCGAUCAACGAUUCAAUCAAUGAAUAUCUCUCAAUUGAUGAUGUCACAGAGUUUAUGGAGUGUGUCAAAGAAUACGCACCUUCCGUCGAUCUCCACCCACAUGUAAUUUCCAGCAUACUGACAUCCGCAACCGAUUCAAAAUCCGCACUGAAUAAGUUAUCCGAUCUCUUGAUUCAAUUGUACCAAGAGAAAUUCUUUACAAGCAACGCAAUCAGUAGUGGAUUUGAAAAAUUCUCAAAUGCUUUAAUCGAUUUGUUUGAGGAUAGACCAACAGCUACAGAGCCAACUGGAAAGAUUAUUUUCAGAUUAUACGACAAAUCUAUACUUUCAUUGCAAACCGUUGCAAAAGUACUCGCAGCUCAGGUACCAUCUUGUGGUCCCCACAUUGGAAAGAUUUUGAUGAAUUUCAUUUUGGAAUCUGAAGACGUUGAAAAGACUGCUCAAGCAUUCAAAGAGAAAUCAAUAGAUAUUACAAGCUUUUUCGAGACUGGAAAAGAUCGAAAGUCUAACAUUUCGACACUUUUAAAUUAA